UCUCUCUCUCUCUCCCUCCCUCUUAUACCAUCCUUACAGGUGCUCUUCUGCCCUGAAUGCCAGACUGACUUUGCUGCUAUUGUAGUCAUGUGGUCCACUCUCCUUGUGUCAUGUCUUCUGUUUUCUCCAUGUAUCCACUCUGUUCAGUGGUGCUACCAGAGCCAGUACUCAUGUGAGGACAGGUGCAGAGAACCCAGUCAGUGGGCCAAAGACUUUCCAGUUUGUGGAGGCCAGAACCAGUCACCCAUUAAUAUAGUCACACACAAGGCGAGACACAACCCCCGUCUAACCCCAAUCAUCUUUGAAGGUUACACAGAAACACUGAAUGUCACUGUGCAAAACCUUGGAAAUAUUGCUGUACUCGCACUUCCUCCAUCUCUGCGGAUCCGAGGUGGGGAUCUGCCUGCCACCUACAAGGCCGUUCAGCUGCAUCUACACUGGGGAGUGGCUGAUAGGCCAGGUUCAGAACACACUUUAGAUGGGGAGAAGUAUCCCAUGGAACUCCAUAUUGUUCAUAUGAAAGAGCAGUUCAAAACUGUGAAGGAAGCCAUGAAUGAUACAGUAGGGAGAGCAGCUCUUGCCUUCUUCUAUGAGGUGUCCACAGAAGAAAACCAGAAAUUCAAUCAAGUGAUUCAAGCUUUGGGAAGAAUUCCAUAUAAUGGGAACACCAGUAUUGUCCCAGAUUUCCGGUUGACUGAUAUCUUGCCUUCAUUGGAGAAGCUUUCCAGUUACUACCGUUAUUCAGGUUCUCUGACCACGCCAGGCUGUGAUGAGGGCAUCAUCUGGACUAUCUUCCAGGAGUCUUUUUCCAUCAGCCAACAACAGUUGGUGAACAUAACCAAGCAGAUGUGGUUCAAGACAGGAAAGCCCAUGAUUGACAACUUCCGCCCAGUGCAAAAGCUAAAUGGGCGCAUAGUGUACAAAUCCACGGCAUGUUCUCGUACAUCGUCAGGACCAGUCAUUCUGUGUCUGUGUCUCCUCUGUAUAUUUGGGCUGAUAGAGGGUAUAUUCACAUAACUUAUUGUCUAUAAUUUCAGCACAUUUUCAGAGAUAAUACAGUAAUACUCUAGUACAAGACUGAAAAAGGAUUAGAGCACAUUUAAAAAGGCAACUGUUUAUUCAUUUGUUGGCAAUAUGCAAAACAGUGCUGUGCAAGACAACAAAGUAUUUUGGUAUCCCACUAUGAUUAAAAACUUGUACCAAAGUGCCACAUUAAAGAAAGUUCAAAAUCCCCCAAACCACCAGAAUUAUAGCUAGAAACUAACAGAAUGCUUUGAUUUAUGAUGUAUAAAGAAAGGAGCUGCAAAGUCAUGUAUUCACAACAGUUGGAAUGUAGGAAGGCUUUUUAUACUGGUGCUGGCAUUUGAAGUCAUAUACGUGUGAUAUGUGCUAUGAUGUCAUGCACCAUGUCUUCGGUAAUUUCAGUUUGAUGAGGCUCUUGAAAAAAAUCUGAUAUUCUCUUUUGCAACAUUAUGGCUGUGAUUUGAUUAGACAAUUACUUGGUACUUUACCUUGUCGACUCCAACAUUGUGUGACCAACAAACGUCAACAACAAAUGUAAUAGGUUAAUGUCGAUUUGAAAAAAAUAAAACAAAACAUAAAAAAUA